AUCGAUCUUUACACAGUGACUUGUCAAAGUCUAACUGAUACAGUCCUGGCCGGCUUUAGGACAAGUCGCAGGGCUGUCUUCACCCACCCACAUUUGUUUGUCAUUCGUGUUUUUUUAGCCCUGAUGAGAGUGGUUGAACAGCAGGCUUAGCUGUCUUGUGUGUGAUUUAAAUAUUAAUUAUGAGUAACCCAUUUCAACGACUUGUGGAAGUCCUUGACCCUGCACAGCCAGACAAGAAGUUUUACAAUCUCAACAAGUUAAGCGACCCAAGAUAUGAACGUUUGCCAUACUCUAUUAGAGUCCUCCUCGAGGCUGCUGUCAGAAACUGUGAUGACUUCCUAGUAAAGGAGAAGGAUGUUGAGAACAUCUUGGAUUGGAAAGUUACUCAGCACAAUAAUGUGGAGGUUCCUUUUAGACCAGCACGAGUUAUCUUGCAAGACUUCACCGGUGUGCCUGCGGUGGUGGAUUUUGCUGCUAUGCGGGAUGCAGUAAAGAUAUUGGGAGGUGACCCAGAAAAAAUAAAUCCUGUUUGUCCAGCAGACCUCGUCAUUGAUCACUCUAUCCAAGUUGAUUUCAACAGGAGGGCUGACAGCUUACAGAAGAAUCAGGAAUUGGAGUUUGAAAGGAAUAGAGAACGGUUUGAGUUUUUAAAGUGGGGUUCCCAAGCUUUUCAAAACCUGAAGAUCAUCCCUCCAGGCUCAGGCAUCAUACAUCAAGUCAAUCUAGAGUAUUUGGCGAGAGUGGUGUUUUUUCAGGAUGGUUUCUGCUAUCCAGACAGCCUGGUGGGGACAGAUUCCCACACCACCAUGAUUGAUGGACUGGGAGUGCUUGGCUGGGGUGUUGGUGGCAUUGAAGCUGAGGCAGUUAUGCUAGGCCAACCAAUCAGCAUGGUGCUUCCUGAAGUGAUUGGCUACAAAUUAAAAGGCAACCCUGACUCUUUGGUAACCUCCACGGACAUUGUACUCACAGUCACUAAGCAUCUGCGUCAAGUUGGAGUUGUGGGUAAAUUUGUGGAGUUUUUUGGUCCCGGUGUUGCUCGUCUCUCUAUUGCCGAUCGGGCCACUAUUGCCAACAUGUGUCCGGAAUAUGGAGCCACAGCAGCCUUUUUUCCGGUUGAUCUUGUUAGUGUACAGUACCUGCGGCAAACAGGUAGAGAAGAAGAAAAAGUGCAAUUCAUUCAGAAAUAUCUGGAAGCAGCAGGGCUAUUUAGGGAUUUCAAUAAUACAGAGCAGGACCCAGAUUUUACCCAGGUGGUGGAGCUGGAUCUGAGCACUGUAGUUCCAUGCUGCAGUGGACCGAAGAGACCACAAGACAAAGUUGCAGUUUCGGAAAUGAAAUCAGAUUUCGAGAAUUGCUUGGGUGCAAAGCAAGGAUUUAAAGGAUUCCAGAUUGCACCCGGACACCACAACGAUAAAGUCAAAUUCUCCUACAAUGAAAGUGAUUUUGAGAUUUCUCACGGCGCUGUAGUGAUUGCGGCAAUUACUAGUUGCACCAACACAAGUAACCCUUCGGUCAUGCUAGGGGCAGGAUUAUUGGCCAAAAAAGCAGUUGAAGCUGGACUGUCAGUGAAGCCUUACAUUAAGACCAGUCUUUCCCCUGGGAGUGGAGUGGUUACAUAUUACUUAAAAGACAGCGGGGUUUUGCCUUAUCUUUCCAAACUUGGAUUCGAUGUUGUAGGUUAUGGAUGCAUGACUUGCAUCGGCAACAGUGGACCACUGCCUGACUCUGUUGUGGAAGCCAUCACACAGGGAGACCUGGUGGCUGUAGGCAUCCUAUCUGGCAAUAGAAAUUUUGAAGGCCGUGUUCAUCCAAAUACACGGGCAAACUACUUGGCUUCUCCUCCCUUGGUCAUAGCCUAUGCCAUAGCAGGGACCAUCAGGAUAGACUUUGAGAAAGAGCCUUUGGGUACGAACGCAGAAGGAAAACCAGUGUUUUUGAGAGAUAUCUGGCCUGCAAGAGAUGAGAUCCAAGCAGUGGAACAGAAAUAUGUAAUUCCAGGAAUGUUCAAAGAGGUCUAUGAAAAAAUUGAGAAAGUCAAUGAAAGCUGGAAUAAUUUAAAAGCACCUACAGAUAAGUUGUACCCCUGGGAUGCCAAAUCAACAUACAUUAAAUCUCCUCCCUUCUUCGACAAUCUGACAAUGGAACUGCAGCCGCCCAAAUCAAUCACUGAUGCCUACGUCCUCCUAAACUUGGGAGACUCUGUAACAACUGAUCACAUUUCUCCUGCUGGGAAUAUUGCACGAAACAGCCCUGCUGCUCGAUUUCUAACUGGCAGAGGAUUAACUCCAAGAGAAUUUAACUCCUAUGGCUCGCGCAGAGGUAACGAUGCUAUCAUGGCAAGAGGGACAUUUGCAAACAUCCGUCUUUUUAACAAAUUCAUCAACAGGCAGGCGCCACUAACUACACAUAUCCCUUCCAACGAAACACUUGAUAUAUUUGAUGCUGCUGAGAGAUACCAACAGGCUGGAAAUAAUUUAAUCAUCCUGACCGGAAAAGAAUAUGGUUCAGGAAGCUCUCGAGAUUGGGCUGCGAAAGGACCUUUCUUACUGGGAAUCAAGGCCGUUAUCGCUGAAAGCUAUGAGCGCAUUCACCGCAGUAACCUGGUGGGAAUGGGGAUAAUUCCUCUGCAGUAUUUGCCAGGAGAAAAUGCAGAGGCACUGGGGCUCACUGGAAAAGAACGAUAUACCAUCAGCAUUCCUGACGACAAAGAUCUCCGACCUGGCAUGAAUGUAGAGAUUAAGUUGGAUACUGGAAAGACCUUUGACGCCAUCAUGAGAUUUGAUACAGAUGUGGAGCUCACUUACUAUCGCAACGGUGGCAUCUUAAACUAUAUGAUCCGUAAAAUGGCAUGUUAGGACAUCCAAAAAGUUGUGCUCUACGGGACCUACAUGGUGACAACUUCUGGAACCUCUUCUGAAAACAUCUUGACUUCAGCUAAGAACUCUGCCAUUUGGUAUGGUGGAAAGCCUUUACUAAAGAGUUUAUUUACGCUGGAUCAUGCAUAGUUUAAAAGAUUGUCUGAAACGUAAUAAAUGUGAAUCUUCAAUUUACUCCAUCCCUGUCGAACUUUUCUGUGACCUUGAUUUUGCUUUGUUCUUUGCAAAAAUAAGCAUAAAACUACUUUGUAAAAUCAACCCAAAUAAAUCUAUUUUUAAGAGUGUUA